GUUUUGGUUUAUGGAAAAUAAUCAAAUUAUCUUCAUCAGCCAAGACGAUUAAGAUUAUUUAUUUAGUGAUGAAGACGAUUAAAUAUCACAAAUUAUUGAACAAGAUUCAACAGGCAGAUUUUGUAAGGUAAUUUUAUCAAAAUUAAUUUCUAGUAUAAUGAAGAAAUCGGUAAAGGAGCUUACAAAAGUGUAUUUAGAGGAUAUGAUAAUUAAAGUGGUUGUGAAGUGGCUUGGAAUGUAUUUUAAUUGAAUAGUGUUCCAGAAAGUAAAAUAUAUUGCAUUAAUUAACAAUUAGAUGAACGAAGAAGAGUUAGAUAAGAGAUUUCUAUUUUAAGUAGUCUAAAACAUGAGAAUAUUAUAAACUUUAUAUAUUCAUGGCAUAAUAAAUCAAAAAAAGAAAUUGUUUUCAUAACUGAGAUCAUAAAUGGAGGCUCGUUGAAAAAGUAAAAAACAAAUAUUAUGCUUAGUUAUUUACGUAGAAUUACUAGACCAAAGUUAAAGGUUAUAAAGAAUUGGUGUAGAUAAAUUUUACUUGGUUUGGAAUAUUUACACAAAUAAAAUAUAAUACAUAGAGAUUUGAAAUGUGAAAACCUUUUGAUUGACACAAAUAAUAAUGAAUUAAAGAUUGGUGAUUUAGGUCUUUCAAUUUAGUAACAUAUAAUUAUUAAAUUAAGAUUAUAAGGAUCUUUUACAACUUCAGUUCUUGGUACUCCAGAAUUUAUGGCACCAGAAAUCUACUAGGAACAUUAUGAUACAAAGGUGGAUAUUUAUGCUUUUGGAAUGUGCCUAUUAGAAAUGGUAACUGGAGUAAAACCAUUUUGUGAAUGUAAAGGAGGCACUGGUUAAGUGAUCAAGAAAGUAAUUGAAUAGUAGAAACCUCAAUCGAUUGAUGCUAUUCUGAAUGAUAAAAUAAAAGCAAUUAUCUUAGAGUAAAUUGAUUUUUUUUGCAAACCAGAUGCCUAAAACCUCCAGAAGAACGGCCUUCUGCGACUUAAUUGUUAUAGACUCAUUUUAAUCUUUAAAUUACCGAUAAUGACAACCUUCCUGUUCCAAUCAAUGAUCAAUUCAUUUAAUAAUUAAGAGAUGACAGUAAAAUUUAUUAAAUUAUUCAUUAUUUAUAGAUUCAUCUAUUCUUAGAUGUAAUUUAUCUAACAAAAUUAUGUUAACAAUUGGUAGUAGUAAAUUUGAUACUAAUUCAGAAAUUAGUAUUCAAAAAUAAAAUAAACAAUUAGAUUUAAGAUAAAAAAAUCUGAUUAUUUAAACUGAAAAUGAAACUGAAUAAAUUUUUUAAAAAUGUUACAAAGAUUAUAUUGUAAAUUAUCAGACUAUUGUAGUGUUGUCAAAAUGAAGAAUCCUUAUAAGAUCUUGAGUAAAGAUAGGAAAAAGAAUUAUAAAUGUUAAAAUAAUUGCAUUUAUUAUAAAAAUAAGAAUAUCUGAAAAAGGCUUCAUAUAAUGUUAAUACUAAAACAUCAACAUAACCAUUUUAAAGUUCUGGAUUUUUAUCUUUAGGAUCUUAUUAAAACUUCUUUGAUUUUUAAUAAGAAUUAGAUAACAGAAAAUAAAUAAUAGAAAGUCCUUGUUUAGAGAGAAAUAGUAACAAAAGAAUGAUAAAGUUAGGAAUGGUAAUUUAUUGUUUAUUAUUAUGUUCAGAUAGCAGAUAAUAGCUAUGGAGUUUAAUAGCAUCAUUUAAAUCAGUCUUAACAAGUUUGUAUUUAGAAUCAAAUUAUUGUAGAUAAAUAAUUAGAGGUCAAUAAUUGACAAUCUAAUAAAAAACAAUCAUAACACA